GAAUAAAAUAAGCAGUUUUUUGGGGAAAAAAGAAAGAAAUGUUUGCUUCUUCCAGCUUGAACCUCCCGAGCCUAGGUUCCUCGCACCCGCCGAGCGUCCCCGAGUCUAAACCCAAGUAUCCAAGCCCCUCCGCCAUCUCUCUCCAAACCAAAGCCGAAGCCCCCUACGAACCUGACUCCGAGCCUCAGGCUUGGAAGCUCAAGGGCAGCGGCAGCCCUCAGCUGAAGCGAUGGUCGAGGGCUCGCGCGCUACGCUCCGGUCGAAAAUUGGACCGCCCGGGUCUCCGGUCCAGCGUGGCCGAAGUGGACCGGCAAAUUCCGGUCAAGAAGACCGCCGAUACAGAGCCAAACAACGCCACGGGAAGCGACGGAGAGUCCGACGCGGCUGCGACGGCGGCGAAGUCGAUAUACAUGGUUUCUGACGGAACUGGAUGGACGGCGGAGCACUCCGUUAACGCGGCGUUAGGGCAGUUCGAGCAUUGCUUGGUUGAUCGUGGCUGUCCCGUACACACACACAUGUUUUCCGGUAUCGAUGAUGUAGAGAGGUUAAUGGAGAUUGUUAAGCAAGCAGCCAAAGAGGGUGCUAUGGUGGCCUACACUUUAGCUGAUCCUUCCAUGGCAGAAUCCGCCAGGCAAGCGUGCAAGUUGUGGGGCAUACCAUCAACUGACAUACUGGGCCCAAUCACGGAGGCGAUUGCUUCUCAUUUAGGUGUCUCACCAUCUGGCCUGCCCCGUGGUGCUCCCGGCAGGAGUUUCCCACUUUCUGAUGAUUACUUCCGUCGGAUUGAAGCCAUCGAAUUCACCAUCAAGCAAGACGAUGGGGCAUUGCCUCAGAACCUUAACAAAGCUGACAUUAUUCUCGCUGGGGUGUCUCGCACUGGGAAGACACCGUUGUCGAUUUAUCUAGCGCAGAAAGGGUACAAAGUGGCGAAUGUGCCGAUUGUUAUGGGGGUUGAAUUGCCGAAGAUGCUCUUUCAGGUUGACCCGGAGAAGGUUUUUGGUUUGACUAUAAGUCCGGUAGUUUUGCAAACGAUCAGAAGAGCAAGGGCUAAGAGUCUGGGGUUUACUGAAGAAGUGAGGAGUAAUUACUCAGAGAUGGAUUAUGUUCGAGAGGAGCUGGAAUUUGCACGCAGGGUUUUUGCACAAAAUCCCGUCUGGCCAGUAAUCGAAGUAACAGGGAAAGCAAUAGAAGAAACAUCAGCUGUUAUAUUGAGGCUUUAUCAGGAUAGGAAGCACAGAUGCUCGAUGCCAAGAAUCUCAAAGCGUUACUGAAGAUGGCGAGUCAUUAUCUUAAAUCAUCAUGCAGAUGUUUACAUUGGGUGAACGGUCAAGAGUCGAUCUCGUGUUGGACCACAAGAUGUGAGACAUCCAAACAACUAUAAUUUCCAGACAACCAAAAGCUAAUAACUAACUUUUAAGCAAUUUUAAGAGGUAGUAAUUUGCUAUGCAUUUGUUUACUGUUAGUUAUGCAUCUCACGUACUGUUCAGUAUGCUUGUGUGUAUAUGAUAUUUUCUUCUACGAA